AUGGAUCCGACUUGUCCAGGCAGGAGGGAAAAGCCGGUAGCUAUCAGGAGGGAUCGAAAACCCACCCCAGAAAGCAGAGCAGAGCAGAGCAGAGUAGAGCAAAGCAGAGCAAAGCAGAGCAGAAGGAAGGGCGUGGAUGUGAUGGGACAGAAGGAGAAAACCCCAUACCUGGCUUCUUCCGUAGCUCGGCAGCGUUGCCCUCCAUCCUCGGCAGGAACACGCCGGUACCGGAGGAAUCCCUCCCCGAGCGGGGACUGAGAAACACGGCCCUCAUCCCGGAGGCACUCCACUGCGGCCCUGGUCGGCCGGCGGCCGUUCCCCCGCUGCCGUCGCCAUUUGACCGGUGGCUCUCUUGCAUCCUCAUCUUCGUCUUCGUCGCCGUCGUCGUCUGGUGUUUCUGCUUCAGGGGCUGGAACUGUAGGACGAAAGAAGAGGAGAAACAAGGGAGAUCAGACGACGUGAACAGCCGGAAGAUCAGCAGCCGACAGAGUUUGCCAAAGAAACAAAGAAACCUCCUGCAAAUCAAGAGGAGGAAUGAGUCCCACCUUACCGACCAGGUUAUAAUGGGGCGGCGGAGUCAAAGAUGGGUUCACGUAAUAGCUCCUGGAGCUGGCCUUGGCCGGAGAGGAGGGGGAGGGGGAGGGUUUCUUCGCCGGCGCGCCAAGGACUCCACGGCCGCCGUACGCCCACUUCUCGUCCCCGUCGGCGCCGCCAUGGCCCAUCCGGACGACCUCCCCGGCCGCAGCGGAGAGCAGAUCCCAGGGGCUCUCCUCCUCCCUGUGCCGCCGCUCCAGGGAAGAGGAAAGAGGAGAGGACACGAGGGAGGGCCCCUUGGAGGUCUCUCCGUUGGAGGAGUUGCAGCUCCACACCUCGCACAGGGUUGACUGCGGUGACAAACACAUCGCCACAGAAGUUUCCUGCAACAGCGAAGAUCCCUAUCGUCCCCGUGAGCUCCCAUCGGAAAUCGACCGGAGAAGGGAACAAAGCCGAAAGAUUACCUUGCUCGAUUUCCCUGCGGGGAGGGGAGGAGUCCUCGCCUUGUCCUGGAGCAGCAAGUCGCGAGACAGCUCCCGCGAGAGCACUGCAAGGGAGUCCUCCUCGUCGCUGCUCUCCGCCGUUGCGACAGACCCGACUGGCGAGCUCAGGUCGGAGCCGUACCCCCACCCCCACUCCGAGGACAGCUCCGAGGGGAAGCAGGGAUCUGCGCCGCCACCGCCGCCCCCUUCCUCCCUCUGAAAAUCGUCGGCCAGAAACCCCGACGGGAGCCAGAACCCCGCAUCCUUCAACUCCUCCGCCAUGCCCGCGGAGCUCCACCCUCCGGUGACCGGAGGGACGGGAGGCACCGCCGGGGGAUGGAAGCAGUUUCUCGAGCUUCUUCUCGGGGAGAGAGACACCGACCUUUGUCCUCGGGUGGCCCUACAAGGUACCUUACCAGUCGGGAGAGCGAGAGAGAGAGAGAGAGAGAGAGAGAGAGAGAGAGAGAGAGAGAGAGAGAGAGAGAGAGAGAGAGAGGGAGGUACUAAAUUCCUGAGCUAUCGCAGGGGCCUCUUCUAAUAAACGCCGUCUCGCUCUCCUCUCCCGCUCGUAGUGCUUCCGUCCACCUGCACUCCAUCUACUCCAAGAGGGGGGAGGGCCUCUAAUGACCAAAACGCCCUCCUCCCCGGACCUCGUUCCCUUCGAUCAGAUCUGACCGCUUGGCUCGGUGCACUAAUUAUGCCGCAAACCCUCCAUCUCCCCUUCAGGAGAGAAGUCAGUCAACGCCCCAUAACCUUAACGCCAACCGCCAAUCCAACUAACCCAUUUCAGCCAGGCCCUCGGUGACCGGGUAAUAUUCUGCUCGCUCUAGAGAGAGAGAGAGAGAGAGAGGGGCAGGUGUUUCCGCUCCACCGCUUUGCGGCUUAUUCUGUACCACUGGGCCCACCCUGGAGCGCCUCCUGCCAUCCAACGGCCCAGGUACGCCCAGUUCUUUGGAACCGGCGUACUUUUGGGUGGGGCCCUUCACUGAGGAAUCUGAAUCUGGCUGGCGACGUGGCGUCUCUGAAGAUUCCGUGUCAGAUUGCCACGUGGCAGAAUAGUUGCGUCCCCAUCCGGAUCUCUCAGGCGGCUCCCUUUCGGCGUGAGCUGUCUGAUUUAACGGCGGGCGACCGCCGUUCCCGACAGGGCCUGUCGGCCUCGGGACAGAAAGGAAAAUCUGUGUCCAUUUCCUCAAAAACGUUCCCUUCAGAGAGGACAAACAAAAAACGCCCACUAAAAGGGGCUUUCCUGAAAACCUCCUCACACGUGUACAAGGGGGGGGGGUACUUCCACAAUAAGUCUGAACAUGCCGGUUUGUAAGUAAUUUAGCAUAUAUAUAUAUUUUUUUUUCAUCUGAUUUGAAAUAUCUGCGGAUCCGCGCCGCCCUUGGCUGUCCCCUUUCGGUGCCCUCUUCCGGUCGCUCUCCGUCUCCAUCGUCGUCGACCCUGCGGCGGCGGCACCGCCGGAAUCCCGGCCGAAAGAGACGGUAGACCCUCCACCGGCGUACCGAGGUAAAGGCGUCCACCAUUUUUGGUCCUUUGGCUAGGAGAGGGAGGAGGGGAUGAGAGAGGCGUCUGACGAGGAGAGUGAGAUGGACGGCGGAUGGGGCCGGGAUGACUGGGGCAAGGCAGCGACGUCUUGGCUCCUCCUCCUUCCUCUUCUUCCCCCAACCUGCUCGUCAGGAGAGGCCUGUCUUUGGUUUCCCUGAACUUGGGAUCUGGCUCCCACUCUGCAUGUCGCGAUCGCGAAUCAUCUGGAUCUCUGUCCGGUGUUUUCUCCUCAUUUGAUGAUCCGGGGCCAUAGACUCUGCGAAGAGUUCACCUUAGCCGGACGCGACUCAUUCCUCCAUUUCUAUCUGCUUCGAUUUGGUGUUCUUCGCUGACAUUACCCGAUCCAUCUGGCGCGACCCCCUCGCGUAAUAUCAUCCAGGAGAAAUCGGCUGGCCUGCUCGAAUUUUUUUAACUCGAACAUGUACGGGCGAACGGCGUCGCAAUUGCUGAGAGAACUUGAUAUUGCUGAUAGCGACAAUCUGCAGGCAUUCAAUGUAAGCCCAUCGAACCCUCCGUUUAUCAUCGAAUUCUUCGGCCUCCCUCUCUACGCUAGCGUUGAUCUUACCGAGAUCAGAAGAUGCUCUCCAAGCGAUUACGAACGUAGGGCGUAUCCAGCAUUAAGCAUUACUGCGAUGGAACCUCGGUGGAUGUGAAGACCGGCGGUCAUGACGUAUAUCUGCGAACUUGUGAUCGUUUCCGAUUUGGGAAGAUUACCAGAUCAUCUUUUUGUCCGCGUUUAGUUGACUGCGGCACACAACUUCUGGAUCAAUUCUUCUGACCAUUUAUCUAGUGAAGUAGAGCAUUUGCACACGCACACACACGCUACUUUACGAGGGGCGACACGAGGGUCUCGAGUGACCACCACAAGCAAUCAGCAUGGGGUUUCUUCUGGUCAACUGUUUUCUGACCAACGUUUUGGUCUCUUCUUCUGAACCUGCAGAGCGAUACGUGCGACCAGGUUAUCGCCGAAUGUGAGAAUCACCAUCUGAUGCUCCAGUCCUUGAUCAGGUGAGGAAGCCCUGUCCUGCCCUUGAUAUCGUCGGAGAGAGCAUUUGUUGCCGUGGUCGAGCAUUUUCUCGGCCCACUUCACACAAGUCCGUUCGAUGGUCUCUGUUCAUUGCUUUCUCUGAGUUUGGUGCGAUCCCCUGACCUGAAGGAAGCUGGAAGGCGAGCAGCUGGACAUCCAGACGGCCAGGAACGAGGACCAUUUCGGGGCGGUCACACAUCACCUCUCUCUGCUCCGCAACAAACGCUGCCUAAUGGCUUACAUGUAAGCCGACGACUCUUCAUUGUGUUUGGCGUGGGCUGGGCGUGGACAACGAAUGUUCUUGGGCCGUUGAGUUUGGGCUGUUGUCGAAGAAUGGGGCCGUGUUUCUUGAAAUCGAUCGACAUCGAACUCGAUUUGCUUGCUGUGUGUGUGUGUGUGUGUGUGUGUGAGUGUUCCGUGGGAGGGAGAAGUAUUGCAGGCUGGUUUUCUUAGGGGAGUGGGGUGUGUUAUCUAUUGGCAGGUACAACCGAGCGGAGGUGAUUCGGAGCCUGAGGUGGAAGGUGGGAGCCAAGCUACCGGAGGAGAUUCAGGAGAAGCUCAGCUUCUCGGAGAAGGAAUACUUCAAGAACCACUCCGCAGCCAUCGAGUCCUCCAUGUCGGAGCUCGAUCUCGACUUGACGGUGGUGCGUAUUACACCUUCCUUCCUUCCUUCCCACCUACCUUGGGUGUCCAGCUGAUAGUAUAUAUACGUACUAAGGUAUAUGUGCUAAGGAUGGAUGGAUGGAUGGGCAGGAUAUGGUUCCCCCCAAGGACCCGUACAUCCAGGUGAGGGUGCUGGACGACAUCGGCGACAAUCUCUCCCUCGGAGACCACUCCUUCUCCCUCACCAAGAACUCGGUGCACUCCGUCCGCCGCACCGACGCCGAGCAGUACAUCUCCCAGGUGGGCUUCGCUUUACUUCCCUCCCUCCUUUUCACACCACCCUCUCUCUCUCUCUCUCUCUCUCUCUCUCUAUCUAUCUAAAGCCAGCGGGGCCCGUCUGAUGUUGAUUGCGGAUGUGGAUGGCAGGGCUUGAUGGAAGAGUUUUUCGCGUGAGCUGAAACCUUGGGCUUGACCUGAUGUUUGGACGACCCUCAGUUUUUUCUCUCCCUGUCUCUCUCUCACUCUCUCUCUCUAUAUAUAUACCUGGGCAUAUGUGAUAAGGCCUGCUGCAUCAGCACCCCUGCCUUAGAGAGAGAGAGAGAGAGAGAGAGAGAGAUUGACCGCACUAGGGAUGAUGGCACUGAAUAUGGGAUGGGGUCCAGGUCGAGACGCCGGGCGCCGAAAAAAGCUGGAAUUAUAUUAUUGUGUACGUCGUACGUUAUUCAUGUCCGGACAGCUGAAGCCCGUAGUAAACCUCAAACUUACGGCGCGUAGAGGCCAGUGCGUGUGCGUGCUUGGUUGGCAGCGCGACCCCCCACCUCGCCAUGGCAUGGUGGCCGCCCCUGCAACCUGCGAGCAGCAGCGUCGUGAGAAAGGUCCCCGUUAAAACUCUCCGGCCCCAGUCAUCUGGGUCACCGGCUCGCCCAUUCAUAAGGCGAUCAGAAUAUCCCUCAGAAAUCUCCGCAAGGUAGAGCACACACGCCUGUCUACUAGCUGAUCGCUCCGGUCAACCCUUCAAUCCCACAUACACACACAGUUUUUCGUCGGUAUGAGAGAAAAAGUCUCCGAAUGACCAAAAACCUGGGCUUAGUAAGCUGCAAAUAAAAAUGUCCCGGCCCAGGGAAUAAAGACGGAGGUUAAAAUUUACGUCUCUUCCUCUUUGGGGCGGUGUCGCACCAGAUAUGACAUUCAAAUGAUCAGAAGCCGAGCUGCCCUGCCAGGCAGCUCGGUGUAAAGAGAGAUUUUGUUUUCACCGUCGCACAGUUCAGUGUACCUUCUUCUCUCUGAGAGAGCGGAGCACGGCCUCUAGUAAUACAGCGAGCCUGCGGAGAACAAACGUUGUUAGCUCAGAGCUGUUCAUAAUGUUUAUUUAUGGAGCAGAUUCAUCUCCCGUAACCCGCCGCCGUUACAUACCUUGCCACCAUUCCCCUCUGGUUGCGUCGCUUGAAAUGCUUGAAUCGACAUCAUCCUUCUUGUACUGAUCAUGAAAAUGAGCAAGAUUUAAAUGAGGGGGAAUUCAAAUGUGGCUUCUCUGACUGAUGUACUCGGUAACAAUGCCUUACACUGUAUCUGGUGUCGGGUGAGCUCGACGGAACACCGCAAUCGUCUUUGCCACCGUAGUACACGGACGAACCAAAGAGACAUCCAUCAAUCUCUUCGGCCUUCUUUUUAGCGGGCAACACCCCGCCUCCACUCUCUUGGGACGCUCCAUCUGGAAACCAUAUGCCAAGCGACAUUUGAAUUAAAACGUCUACCACGGCCAGAAAAUUAGAUUACUUCCGCGUGAAAUUUGUUAUAUGACCUGGAACUGAGCUGAGCAGCUGCAAUUUUAGAAGCCAAAGAAAGAUAACGACAAGUGGCACAGGGAACCUUGCUUAAUGCUGCAUGAUCAGGUAAUGCACUCCAAGAAUCACUUCGAUCUAAUUCCUGCGACCGCUUAUGUCUUACACGUGGUUGCAGAAUAGUAAGGGGGGGGGGGGCUAACAAAUAGGAGAUGAAAGUAAAAAAGACCUGUUGACAGUUAAAUGAAAAUAAAAAGAACAAGAAGGAUUCAACACCGUUCUGAGGGAAAAUAUACCCCCACAAAGCCAUGAUGUGAAUUUAGUUUUUAGAUUGCAUGAAUUUCAAAAACCCUUCUUAGACGGUUAAAUUCCGUCUACCUUCAGACAUUUUUUUUCUCGCGAGACCCAAAUCUGAAAAAGUCUUCACAGCGAGAAAUCUUAGCAACCCCCAUCGGAGAGAGACUGUUUAUGAAGUAUAAAGCAUCAUGUCUGAGAGCAUCAGCGUCCGAAGGGGAAGAUAAAUCUUAAAAGUAGAUAUUUACAGCGAGAACCACUGGACCACGGAAGAAUGUUUCCCUCAGAAGGAGGCAGAUUUUCGAGUCAUCUUCUACGAGCAAUUAAAAUAAAUAGACAAAGGCAGGUCUUGGAAGAGAUUAUAGCACAUCAUCCACUAGAUCCAUGAGAAAUCCUUCUACAAGGAACACUCCAGACCUGCCAAAAGAGACGACGUGCAGAAAAUCUAACCCUUAAUCAGGUAACAAGAUGAAACCUCUUCAGACACACGCAGAAGCAUUUAUUGUGAGGAUCAAGUCUUAUUUUCACCUUCACGCUUCCUCAAAGUGCCGAAGAUGUCUGGCCUAGACGAAUCCUCUCCUAACACCUACAAAAAACAGAACAAGACAAUAUAAAGAAAUUUGAAUGGCAUUGAAUUCUCAUAUACGGAAGAGUCAACCUAUGUUAAACUAUCAUAGGAACGCUUAUACUAAAGCCCCGAUGUACGAGGAACCAAAAAGAUUUACUAUCAUCAGGAAAACAUAACAUAGAAAUUCAACGUAUAAACUAUAAACAUGGUCAGAGCCCGCCGCUCACUCGUAAAAGAAAAGGACACUGAAGACAAAAACAACGACGAUAUAUUUAAUCAUGGCAAUCCGCCGGCAUAUCGGAGACGACACAUUAACGCAUUCCUCGCAAAAAAAACGAAAAAGAACACGAACGACAGACGGAGGGAGAAGAUAACGUACCGUGGAAGCCGGCGGGAACACGGAGCGGAAAAGGCUUGACGAAGAGGAAUUCGGUGCAGUCGUCGCGCCGGAGGCAUCCUCAACGAGGGACGAAGACAGAGGAGAGGAGAUCGACUUCUUCUCGGCCUCCAUGAUCUCGCUGACGCAGCAGAAACGGAGAUCCUCGCCACCUAACGAAACCGCGCCGAUCAAGGUUCGAGGACAGACCAGAAUCAGAGGAGGAGCGGAGCGGAUGAGAUCAGAACUGCCAAAUAGGAAGAGGAGAAGCGGAGCAGGAAGCAAGAGAGACUAGCAGUCGAAGGACAGAGGGAGAAGGUGUGGGGAUUUAUAGACCCACCGCCACCCUGCAACUGCGUCGUCGUCCUCUUCCGCCCAUCCCUCCCCUGCGUCUGGAAGACCCCAGAAUUUCUCCCCGCCCACAACGGGGAGGGGGUUAUUUCCAUUCAGACCCUUAUGUAAAAUUAGUUUUUAUAAAAGACUUUUACAUUAAGUAAUAAUUGACAUAACCUAUCUUUAUGGGAGGAACACAAAUAGGAAAGAUGGAAAAAAAUAGAUGAGUGGGUCUUUCCGGGCAGAGAGGAAUGGGUGUGGAGAGUAUAUACGCACUUAUUUAAAGAAGCAGGGAGGUUUCGAAUAAUUCGGCGUCGAUCGGCCGUUUCCGUCGGCGUCAUUUCGUGACGCCUUCGCUUUCAAUGGUCAUCGGAUUUAUCCUCCUAUCUUAUCUCCUUCGAGCAGAUAAGCGCCACGUGGGCCCGUACACGUGCCCGGUGGAAGAUGCCGGUUACCGGAUUCGGAUUCGAAUUCGGCACGAUCGCCGUUCCGGCACGCAGUGAGAAAGCAGGCCCUUAAUGGAAAGUUUUUUCCUCCGGGUACGAGCACAAUUUGUUAAAUUUCAUGGUCCUUGAGUUAAUUUCCUCGCGCCAAAAAACAAGCCGGAUCAGGCUCGCCACCCCCCCCCCCCCCCCCCCCCCCCCCCCCCCCCCCCCCCCCCCGCAAACUGGGCCGUAAAUCCUGAAGGUCCAGCCCGGCCCGGGCCGUCCACACAAAGAACCUGA